CAUGUUUAUCUUAUCUUGUAUGCUCCUGAUUACUUGGAGUCUUUGACUUCAGUGAAAAUAUAAGAAUAAAGUCUUACACAAAAAUGGGAAUAAUUUAUAUUUCGUUAAACUUUUGUGUGUGUUCAGCUUUGAUUUCUAUGUCAUGCUGUUCUGAAAGUCUUGACACGCACAAAAUUUUACAAACUUUAGAGACGCAACAGUAUGCAAUAUCGCAGCUGACAAAAAAGGUUCAUCAGCUCGAGGGAAAGCUGCAAUCAAAAAUGGACGAAACUUCUGAACAGCUUCGAGAGUGUUCUCGCAACAAACGGCUGUUACUCGAAAACCCGUAUGAAGGGGCUCUCAAAGUUGGCUUCACUGCUAAACUGUCAAAUCAUAUGCUGAAUCUUGGCAAUAACCAAGCAAUCCUCUUCGACUACAUCGUGACAAACAUUGGACAUCAUUACUCUCCUAAUACAGGCGUAUUCACUGCACCAAUUAAUGCCACGUACUACUUUUCCGCUAGUAUCAUGAGCCACUACAAUGAGGUGCUCGAGACAGAAAUAGUUAAAAAUGGCGUGAGAGAAGUCUUGAUGUAUUCUCAUGACAACGCUCACGAACAAGGCUCUAAUAGUGUUGUCCUUCAACUCAACAUUGGAGACGAAGUUUGGGUCCGUCACACGAGUACUGUCGGGACAAAAGUCUACGGCAACGGAUGGUCAACAUUUUCAGGUUUCAAGAUAUCUGACGAUUAGGUCGAAUCUUUUUUUUCGUAGAUAACUGACGAUAUUCGUGUAGAUGUAUUGCAAGUCAUGGCUGAAAUAAAUUCCAUUCAACCAACAUUUUCCGAUUUAAUCUUUAAAAUGCGGCGGAAAUAAGUCGAAUAUAUAUCUU